UCUAAAAAAUGUUUUAAAUGGAUGGGGCUAGGAAAUACAGCAUACGUUUGAGUUUUCGUAUGGCUAGAUCGUAGUGGAACAAUGGUGUCAAUUGUGUUUCGGGUGCUCAGAACAAAUAAUGUUUUAUACUGGAUGAGCAGAACUAAAGAUUAAAUGUUAGCUGGCCUUAAGCAAGCUUCGGUUCGCAGAUUACUGGCCAACCAGUAGAAAGACUCCUUUGUGAGCUGCAAGUUGUGACGUCAAAUGGGCUCUAUAAAGACAUAAAUUCAUAGCUAAUCUGGAACAACACAGGAGUGGGAGGAUGAGUCUUGGUGUCCUCCUCCAUUUCUUAACUUGCAUAACUAAUGAGCCUUAAAUAUUGGAUAAAUUAAGCAGGACCAGUGACUACUGUCAGAUUUGCACAAGCUAACUUGUGGACCACAGUGUAAGCUAACAAGAUAAAGGGAUUGUACUGUAUGUGCAUUAUUUUCAACUUCUGAAAUACCUAAAAACCAUGCUGGAGAUGCUUGAAUACAGCCACUAUCAGGUCCAGACCCACCUGGAAAGUCCCACCAAAUACCACAUCCAGCAGGCUCAGCGGCAGCAGGUGAGGCAGUAUCUGUCAACCACCCUGGGUGGUAAAGCUGGCAGCCAGCCCCCCGAACACAGUAUGCCACCCGGUCCUGGCAGCAGUGCACCCAAUAGUCCCAUGGCUUUGCUCACCCUCAGCUCCAACUGUGAGAAAGAGGUAUACCUGCUCACUUCAAGGAUAUUCAGUAUCCUUACAUGCAGAUGUCUCGACAGAGAGUUAGGACUUCAUGAAAUGUGCCUUUGUGUUAUACAGAUGGAUGAUGUCAUUGAUGAUAUUAUUAGCUUGGAGUCAAGCUACAACGAAGAUGUUCUUGGACUGAUGGAUCCAGGAAUCCAAAUGAACAACCAGCUACCUGUGUCGGGAAAUUUAUUGGAUGUAUACACCAACCAAAGUCUCCAGCUACCAGGCCUCUCCAUCAACAAUUGUCCACCCAACAUUAAAAGGGAAUUCACUGCUCCUGCCAUGAAGCAAGUACUGGACAAGCCUGGAUCCUGUGGCCAGUAUGAAAACUAUCAAAGGCCAGAGAGCUUUCCAGUAGAGGCCGAAGUUCGUGCUCUGGCAAAAGAGAGACAGAAGAAGGACAACCACAACUUAAUUGAACGAAGACGGAGAUUCAACAUCAAUGAUCGCAUUAAAGAGCUGGGAACCUUAAUACCCAAGUCAAAUGAUCCAGACAUGCGCUGGAAUAAGGGCACUAUUCUGAAAGCCUCGGUGGACUACAUUCGGAAAUUACAGCGAGAGCAGCAGAGAGCCAAGGAGCUUGAGUGCAGACAGAGGAAGCUGGAGCACGCAAAUCGGCAUCUUAUGCUCCGUAUACAGGAGUUGGAAAUCCAAGCCCGUGCUCAUGGUCUUACAGUGGUGUCAUCCCCAACUGUCUGUACGUCAGAGCUAAUGGCUCGUGCCAUUAAGCAGGAGCCCGUCCUUGGUGACUGCCCAUCAGAGCUCUACCAGCAUAGUUCUGCCCCUGACAUGUCCCCUCCAACCACAUUAGACCUCAACAACGGCACCAUCACCUUUGACCAUAUACCAGCAGAUGCGGGGGACCCCGGCCCUUACGGCAGCUCUAGUGCGUGUAAAAUGAAGGAGCUGGUAAGGGACAACAGCCUAGGGCCAAUUUCCCCCAGUGAUCCCCUGCUGUCCUCGAUGUCCCCAGAUAUCUCCAGCAACAUCGACAGCCACCACACUUCCAGCUCAAGUCUGGAAGAGAAAGAGCAUGGAUGUUAGCCCAACAGCAUGGGCUGCACUGACAUUUACAUUUUGUAGCAACUCACCAGUGUGGCGCCUACAUUAAAGAUAUCACUGUGAAUGGAUUAAAGAACUCAUGGUAUGUUUAAAUUGAAUUUUUCUUAUUUUUGUCCACACUGGUGUAGAAGUUUUAAGUGUUACAUAGUCAGACAGCUCAAAAUUACUUGACAUGUAAUAUACACAGUGUCUGUGAAACAUGACUACAAUCUUAUUUUGGACUUGCAAAUCUGUUUAUUUUUGUCAUAUUUCAAACUUUUCAUAUAUUUUCUAAAUACACAGUGAACCUGGUGGUAAUGCCAAAAGACUAAAGUAUGCAUAUGUAAAAAUGUAUGGCUGAUAAAGUCCAAAAUGUGGCACAUGUUGUAAUAUUUGGAAAUACUACAUAUAAUAAAUAUUUAGAAAUUAAAAGUUUUGGUAUUAGAAAUCCAUGUAUUAUUUAAAUUAAAGUAAUUUUUACACUAUGUGGUUGUUGUAUUAUGAGGAAAGAGCAAUCUUUUAGAAAAAGGGCCACAUAA